AGCUUAUGUGUUUUCUUUCAGGAUGGCAAAACUUGUGACUUUCGUAAGUCUCGCUCUGCUUCUUUCAUGUGGAGUGGAGAGUUUCAAGAUGUCAGAAAAAGAUCAUGAAAAUGUGGAAAAAAUGUUGGAAUUGGGGCCCAAGUGUUUCUGAACUGCUUGGACAAACUCAGAGACACAAUUGAGAGAAUAGUGAGAGAAAACCAGCUGAGAACAAACAGAACUGCAAUCCAAGGUCACUGGAAUUCCUUCAAAGAGACAGCAAACAGAAUCAGUGUAGAGGAAAGAUGUAAAGGAGAGCAGGAUGAUUUAAUUGUAGCAGCACGCACUAUCCGAAGGCUGGUUUUGUUCUACAAGGAUGACAUACAAGGGAUGUUCUGUUCGCUAGCAACAGGGAAGGGUGUUCAACAGUACCUACUAGCUGUAAACAUGUUAGAAGGGGUAAUUAAUAGAGAACAGCUGAAUGAGGUCUGGGGAGCUGUGGAGUCACGCUACUUUCCCAGAGGUCCAUCAGUCAAAAAUGAUCCAUUGGAGUUCCUCUGUUACCUUCUAUCCACCAGCACUGUGGAAACAUUCAUAGAGAACAUUCUUAAAACUGGAGCAGAAGUGGUUUCACAAAUUAGAAAGGUGGAUUUUCAAGAACUGCAAUAUGGUGUAGCUGCCAGAGUGGACAUUUUUUACUGGGACAGAUUUUUGGAAUACACCGAAUCUCCAGAGUUUGACCAGAAAUAUGAACAGGCAGAGAAGGCCUUUGUCAAAUUAGAUGCUGUUGUUUCCGCACCUAUUUGGGAAAAGCUGACUGAAAUGGACAUGUUUCCUGCAAUCACUAGACUGUUGUACAGAGUUAACAUUAUAACCGCUGCCCUUGCAAAAGAAGAAGAGUUUCAGACUUUCAGAGGUGAUGACAUGAAACACUUGAAAAGUUUAAAUAAAGAGGCUAAACGAGUCUUAGAAGAAGAGAAAGAGAAUACAACAGUAAUCUUGCUUCCACAAGUGAGGGCUGGUGUGCGAUUGUUUUCAAACUACUCAAACCAACUAAUUGAUAAAAAUAUUGAUGACAGUGAUGCAGAACAACUUGCCAAGAAAUUGGAAAAAAUGAGAAAGAUCUGCACUAAAAAGCUGCUGGCCAGUGGACCGAUUACUCAAGAGGAGCUGGAAGAAUCUGAAAGGUAA